AUGAGACUACUAGGGCUGGUAUGGUUGGUAUUGUGUACGCCGCUUAGUACAUUGGCUCAUAACUUACGAUAUGGUAUACCCGAAUCAGUUCAGAUCUGGUCUAUUUUAGUCCACUUACUGGACGAUCUUGAUGGUCAAUUACUAGCAGAAUUAUAUCCUUUGGUCAUUGGGUUAGAUGACGAGAUUGACAAUGAAGAGGAUCUUGUGUCGGUAACUGCUAAGGCGUUAAAGGAACGAUACGGUAAAGAGGAUGUAGCUGAUCUGCUGGAAUUGUAUGUCAGUCUUUAUCCGAUGGGUAUAAUGCAGUACAGUACCAAUUUUAACGCUAAACAAGAAAAUAUAGAUGGAAGCUAUUUUGUUUUAAAUGGCAAUAGGUACAAAAAUCCAGACGAUGUAUUCUACUUGAAAUCUAAGGAUUUGAUAAGCCAGCAGAAAAUCCCAGAUAUUAAUGUUAUACAACCUUAUGAUGUUGUUAUUGGCGCUAAUCCAGAAGCGCCGAUAAUAAUCUUUUAUGGCUGCCCCACGGAUCAUAACUUAAAUUUUGAAGAAUUUAAUAGGAAUUUGUUCAUGGAAGCUAUGAAUGAGGAGGGAAAAAUUAGGUUUAUUUGGAGGGCAACAUGUUCUCUUGAGGGAGAAAACGUGGAUUAUCCAUUAGAUUUCCCACUUGAGAUUACUUUACAAGAUGGCUCUAACACGAGCUCCAUACCUCAAUUGGAGAAAAUCUUAUCUACUGUACCUGAUGAAAUAUCAGUUGAAAUUAAGCAUGAUGAUCAGCUUCAUGAUCUAAAAUUAGAAGAUUUACGUGGACUUGACUUAAAAGUAACGUCACUGAUCUCUAAAUUUUACCAAGAUAAUAAGGAUAUUAUAACAACGUUAAAUUUUGCUAAAAAUAUCGUUAAUAGUUUUCCUUUAAUUUCUAAACAGCUAACCAAGAUAUCUUCUGUCAACAAAGACAUAAUAACCAGUAAUGAAAAACUCAACAGUAAAGGUUUUGAUUACAACAUGUUAGGUCUUUAUAUUAACGGACAAAAUUGGAAAAUUACCUCAUUAGACGUGUACAAUCUGCUUAAUGCUUUAAAGAUUGAGCAUCAGAGUUUGCUAAAAAUUGCAAAUCUUUUAAAAAGUCUUGAUCCUUCAAAGAGCGAAGUGGAUGCCAAAGUUUUACUGAAUAAGUUUUCUCAAUUUUCAUUGGGGAAGUUGCAAAACUUACAGCCAAUAAAAAUGGAUCUUCAUACCAUUCCAGGAUUUUCUGAAUCAGUAGUGUAUUUUAACGAUAUCGAAAAUGAUCCGCAAUAUGGUGAGUUAAAAAAUAAUGUUCAAGCAUUUUUCGAUAAAUCAAAAUUCGGCGAGCUGCCUGAGAUAAGGCAAAACUGGUCGGAGAUAAUAUUUGCUAUAGAUUUUGCCCACUUAGAAGAUAGUGAAGUCAAGGAGGCAUUAAGUGGAUUGGUCCGUGCGGUUAACGUUGUCUCUCAGGGCUAUCCACAAAGAGUCGGGCUUUUACCAUUCAGUUCUGACAGCGAUAAAUCCGUUGUUAAUAAAAUUUAUGAACUCAAAAAUUCUCCUAACGGUUUGACGGAGUUGAAAACGUUUUUGGAAACAAUGUUGCUAUCUGACGGUCUCACUUCUAAUAAGAAAGCAUCAAAGUCUACAUCAGUUCCAGAUACUCCUCAUCUACUUGAUGAGCUUCAAAUUGGUGAGACGUCAAUCAUUAUAAAUGGUGAGAUUUAUCCAUUCAAAAAAAAUACUUGGAACUACUUAAUCGCCAAAGUUAUAAAGAAGGACACUGACUUUAUUCGUAAGGAAUUGAGCAUUUCCUCUUCGAAAAACAAGCAAAUUAGUGUGAGAGACUUAUUACAUUAUAAAUCUGCAAGCCUGAGACAUGAUAAAUAUACACCAAAUUAUUUUGCUGACUCACUUUAUUCUUCUACCAACAAUACAGCAUUGAAAAAUAUAUGUUCAGACAGAAUAACCUCUUACACUAAGGAUGAAAAAUAUAAUCUAUUACAUACUAUCACAUUAGUGGAUGAUUUUAGUUCCAUUCAUGCUUUGGAGAGAUUGAUGAAUUUGUUAGAUUCCUCAUUUGUUGGUGUUAGAGUUAGGAUCAUUCAUAUAGGAAACUUUUCAGACAUUUGGUUUCAAUUGCGUGACAGCCUUUCCCAAAAUGAUCCAAUAGGCUCAAUAAAAACACUUGUUUAUGAAUUGAGAUUUAAUAAGAGAAAAAGUAAGAUAUACAACAGGAGUGUCCUAAAGCAGUUAAACCUCUAUGAAUGGCUUCCUGAUGUUCCAUUAUUCGAACUGGAGAAGGGUCCAUUUUUUGUUCUAAACGGUAGAUUUAUUCAUCUUGAUGAAAAUGAAGUUCCAGAAACAAAGCAUUUCGAAGCAAUUAUAAAGAGAGAAGCUACGAGAACUAUUGAUUCAGUUUUUGCGUUGGACUUACUUUUCCCUGGUUUUUCUGAAGAAAGAAUUGAUCCAGAUUUAAUAGAAAUGAUCUCCUCAACUUUAACUAAACUGUUUUACCAAGGUACACGUAUAUAUGGUAAUGGUAUUGAUUAUACUACUGAAGGAAGUUUACCUAGAAUGGAUUUGAGCCACUUCUUUGAGCCAAAUAAUUUGACAAUGUUUGAAGAUGGAAAAUCAACUUCUAUAGAUUUACUGUUAAUCUUAGACCCGCUUGAAGAAAGAUCACAACUGAUUCUUUCACUUGUUGAGCAGUUUAAAUCUUUGAAAUUUGUUAAUAUCCAGGUAAUUUUAAUGCCGACUCUAGAAUUAAACGUUGUUCCUAUUAGAAGAAUAUAUGUUGAUGAUGCAGAUAUUGUCAAGUCAGUGGCUUCCGAAAAUAACAAGUUCAAUUUGAGGGUGGAUAUCGAAAUGAAUGCCCCAACCUCUUUCGUUAUAGGUAAUAAUUAUUAUUUGAAAAAAUUGCUCAUAGAAGUACAUGCUUUCUCUAACAAAACAGUCCUUUCAGCCGGCAAUAUUGAUGGUAUAGGAGGGGUAUGUCUAGCACUUGUCGAUCACGAUGGAAACGUUAUUGACAAGACCAUAACGAUGAAAACUUUUGGUUACGGACAAUUUCAUACCGACAGGUUCUUAAAGGGUGGUAAUAUAAGAAGUUGUGAUUCAAGGUAUUCUGUUCAGUCUUUUUCUAUUGACGGGCAUCCAGACUUUACUCCAUCAGAAUCGUUGGACAUACUGUCCUAUUGCCCACAGAAAAUUGCUGUUCAAAUUGCAGAAGAACCUUCACAUCAAGAAGAAUACAAGGAAGAUGGUGACGAUGAGACAACUAUCAAUAUAUUCACUGUUCUAGAGGCCGGACAAGAAGAGGAAGAGAAAUAUAAGCUAAUGAUUUUGUCCAUUUUAUCUAAAUGUUCUAAGACUCAAAAAGUAAAUUUUUUCGUCCUCAAUCAGCCAUUUAUUUCCAAGUCUUUAAAAAAGUCAUGCGAAUACAUAAGUUCCUCAGAGGAAAUGAGAGGCAAUAUCAUUUUCCUGGAUUAUGAGUGGCCGCUAUGGUUGAGACCGCAAAGAUUUUCUUCAAGAAGAAUAGACGUCUCCAAAUUUUUAUUCUUAGAUGUCAUUAUACCUCAGAAUAUCUCCAAAAUAAUCUAUAUGACACCAACUGAAACGCCUUUUGAUCCCUUUGAUAUGUUUCAAUUUCAAGACCUCAAGCGUGCUCCUUUAGGACUUUUUCGGAUGAGUGGUGAUGGUUAUUGGAAAGAGGGGUAUUGGGAGAAAAUGCUAAGAGAGAAUGAUUUAGAAUUUUACUCUUCUGAACCGGGCUUUCUUGUAAACUUAGAGAGGUUUCGUGAAUUAGAGGCCGGUGAUAAAUACAGAAUUCACUAUCAACGUAUAUCUACAGAUGCUAGAUCUCUUGUCAAUAUUGGCCAAGAUUUGGUUAAUAACCUACAAAUUGAGGUUCCAAUUAGAUUUCUCAAGGGAUCUUAUAAGAAAAAAUUGAUCGCUGAUGAUGCAAUUGUUGCUGAAUGGAAAGAAGAAGUUAAUGCGUAUGUAUCCUCUCUUGGCGGUGAAGAAGUUUCUCAACAAAGCGAGAGUAGUGAUCAAAAUAACGACAAAGCCAUUCCUUUGCACGAUGAACUAUAA